AUGAAGGUUCUAGCCUGGAAUUGUAGGGGGGCGGCCAAGCCGGCCUUCAUGUCUUCCUUUAAGCGGCUAGUGCAGGUCCAUUGUCCAGAGAUCUGUUUUCUUUGCGAGACGCGAUUAUCGGGCGAUGGACUGGUUCGACUGAGGCGGCGCUUGGGAAGGGACUGGGAGACCUAUGCAGUUGAGUCCCAGGGGCUGUCUGGUGGCCUUUUGGUCCUGUGGAGGCGAGGGGUGGCGACGAUUGAUGUCUUCCACUACUGCCCUCAACAGGUAGUCAUGGUUGUAUCGGAACCUGAUACUGACCCGUGGGUGUUGUGCGGUGUGUACGCGAGCACGGACUACAGGGUUAGGAGAGCUCUUUGGCAAGAGAUCGCCAACCUGACUGCCCAGGGUAUCCCGACGGUGUUAGUUGGUGACUUCAAUUGUAUCCAGAGUGCGGGUGAUAAGAGGGGAGGUGCGGAGUUCACGGAUAGAGUGGAUAGGAGGGAGUUUCGCGACUUCGGACCUGGUCAUCAUAGUCCCUUCCGCUUCGAGAAGAUUUGGCUAUCGUACCCUCAGUCUUGGGACAUCGUUCGCGAUGCAUGGCGUGUCCCGGUACGGGGAAAUGCGAUGCAACGGGUCUCCCGCAAACUUGAGAUUACCAAACGGCGGCUUCGUCGUUGGAAUCGCGAGGAAGUGGGCGAUAUCUUUCGGAGAGUGGAGGGGGUCGAGACUGCGAUUGCUGAUCUACAGAGGAGAGAGGAUCUAGGAGGUGAACUUUCGGCGAAAGACAUGACCGAUCUCCGGGGACUUCUAGCGACCCACCAUUCACUGCUACGGCAGCAUGAGAUUUUUUGGCGACAGAAAUCUCGGGUCCAGUGGGUACGUGAGGGUGAUCGCAACACUAGGUUCUUUCAUCGGACGACGGUUAUCCGGAGACAGCGGAGUAUGAUUCACUCAUUGCGAGAUGGGUCCGGUCAGCGUGUGGAGGGUGAGCCUGCCGUCAGACAGGCUUUACUUGAUUUUUUCCGCACCAGAUGGACGGAGGAUGGAGGCCCUGAUGUUGAUGGCCUCCUUCCGAGGCCUGAUGUGGGUAUUGCUGAUGAUGAGAAUAUGACACUGGUUCGACCGGUGUCGGCGCGGGAGGUGGAGGAGGCAGUCUGGGCCCUGGCAGCGGAUAAGGCUCCGGGACCCGAUGGGUUCCCCCCUUUCUUUUUUCGGAGAUAUUGGGGUAUCAUUCGGGCUUCAGUGGUUGAGGCUGUGCAGUGCUUCUUCACUCAGGCAGCUAUGCCUGAGGAUUGGAAGGCCACCUUCAUCACGCUCAUUCCGAAGCGCCAGGAGGCGGUAGAGCCGGGACACUUUAGGCCCAUCAGUUUGUGCACAACCUUGUAUAAGGUUGUGGCGAGAAUAAUGGUGGGCAGGAUCAAGCCUCUAUUGCCGGGCAUUAUCAGCCAAGAGCAGGGGGCCUUUGUGGCGGGGAGAAACAUUUCCCACAAUGUUAUGUUGGCUCAGGAGAUGAUGUGGGAUCUUCAGCGAGCAUCGAAGCGGCGCAGCUUGAUGGUAGUCAAGCUAGAUAUGGAGAGGGCAUAUGAUAGGAUCAGGUGGAGCUUUCUGCGGAAGGCUUUAGAGACCUACGGUUUCCAUAGGAGAUGGAUUGGUUGGGUCCUAGGGUGCGUCCAGAGGCCAAAAUUCUCCAUUUUGGUCAACGGCACACCGACGAGUUUUUUCGAGUCCACUAUGAGACUGCGGCAGGGAUGUCCCCUAUCCCCUUACUUAUUCAUUAUUUGUUCUGAUAUCUUGUCUCGUUCAUUGCAGGGUGCGUGCACUAGUCGGGAGCUGGAGGCCUAUGUCCCAGCACCGGGGGUGGGACCUAUCUCUCAUUUAUUGUUUGCUGACGACUGUCUUCUUUUGACCAGGGCGCAUGCUUCUGAUGCACGGGUACUCGCUAGAGUGCUGGCAGGUUACUGCGCGGCGUCCGGACAGAGAGUUAACUUCAUGAAGUCAGCCAUUCGGUUCAGCCCUAGCACGGAGAUUAGAGUCAGACUGGAGAUCAGGAGGAUUCUGCAGAUACCAGAGCAGGAGGGGACAUUGGUCUACCUGGGAGUCCCUAUCACAGGCCGGAGACUGCGGGUGACAGAGUGCUCUGGGCUGGUACAGCGGGUCGAGGCCAGGCUGGAGGGAUGGAGGGCAUCAUCUCUAUCCAUGAUGGGGAGAUUGACACUGGUCAGAUCGGUGUUAGGAUCUAUGCCGGUAUAUCUCAUGGCCAACACUGUGGUCCCAAAGACGACUCUGCUGAAGAUUGAACGUCUUCUUCGGAGCUUCUUGUGGGGGUCUCAUAGUGGGGGCCAUGGGGUACAUCUGGUGGCUUGGGAGCACGUCUGCCUCCCCAUCAGUGAGGGUGGUCUGGGAGUGCAUUCCCUCUUGGAGCGGCGUGAGGCCCUUGUUGCUCGACACGCAGCUCGCUUCUUGCUGGAGCCGCAGGGGCUUUGGAGCAGGGUGAUGGCAGCCAGAUUUGGCCGAGGGGGCUCUGAGGUGGCACGGAGUGGCCGCCGAACUUCCUUUAUGUGGCGCGAGAUUGCGAGGUAUUUGCCGACUGUGUCGGCUAACACCAGGUGGCUGAUAGGCGAUGGGCGGAGCGUCGAUGUGACCGAUGAUCCAUGGGUGGACACUUUGCCUCUGAGAUGUUGGCCGACGAUGGUGGAUACUGAGGCAGCAGAGGGGCUUCGGGUGUGUGACCUCCUAGCACCAGGGAGGACAGAGUGGGAUGAUACCAGACUACAUCAGCUGUUUGGGACACAUCUUGCUGCGAGGGUACGGUCCCUUCCAGUACCAGAUUGCGAGGGGCCAGACGUUAGGGUCUGGGGCACCUCAUGCAGGGCCAGUGUCAGGCUGGGUGAUCUAUCCCGGGUCAUCCAGCAGGAGCAUGAGCGAGGACCAGACUGCGCCUGGAUUUGGAGGUCCAGCCUCCAGCCGAGGGCAGCACUCUUUUUAUGGAAGGUGAUGUGGGAUCGCCUUCCGACGAGAGCAGUGUUGAGCCGGCGUGCUUUGGGGAUCCUCGCGGAGUGUGGGGUUUGCAGUGUUGAUGAGACUGUGGAUCAUGUUCUAUUUCAGUGCACUUGGGCGAGAUCGACAUGGCUGUGGACAGGUAUCCCGGAGGAGGUGUGGCAGGAGAGGAGCCUCUUCCUGCAUUUGAUACGACAGGGGUUGGCCAGUCCCGGGUCAUGCCAGGAGGCCAUCCGAGCAACUUGCACAGCCCAUCAGAUCUGGCUGGCAAGGAACGCUCGCAUUUUCAGUGGGCGCAGGAUGUCGCCGAGAGGUACGCGAGGCGGGGCAGGCUUCGUCAUACGGGACCCUCACUCUAGGGUUGUGGCAGCAGGUGGCUGCCAGUUGUUCGUCACAUCAGUUCCAGGGGCAGAGCUGCGAGCUGCCUGGGCAGGUCUUCGCCAUGCUCGGCAGGUGCUGCAGGCCAGCUCGAUCAUCCUGGAGGGUGACUCGGCUACAGUUAUUGGCUGGAUCCAGCGGGGACUGAGUGGUGAGAGCAUCGACCAUCCUCUGAUCCGGGACAUUAGGAUGAUGGUGAGGGAUGGCGUGGCCUUUGAGGCCAAGCAUGUAUUCAGGGAGGCCAACGGGGCGGCUGAUUGGGUGGCUGCAUUCGCGGCCCACCACUCUGGAUACGCUCUGUGGGUGGGAGAGAGAGAGUUGCCAUUGGCACUUCGUGAGAUUGUGUAUUUUGACUUUAUUGGGUGUAUUCAGACACGCGUUGUCUGA